AUGGAACUGGACCAUCAAGCUGGCCCGAUUGGGCUUGCCAGCCUUCCAGACGAGUUGAUCUCGCUCAUUCUCCGCAAUUUCUGCCUGCACUGUCGCCAAGGAACACGCGAAACGCCGCACGCAUACUUCCCCGCCACCGGGCAAAAGCGGGAAGAGCGCUCCUGGUACGCGGUGGACGUUUCCGCUCUGCAUGCCAUGUGCUUGGUCUCCAGGAGAUUCCUUCCUUUUGCCCAAGAAAUACUCUACCACGAGUUUGCGUGGGCCUACGGCGACUCGUCGGCGUCGUUGAUGGACGAUUGGAGUCAUCGCCUCACAGCCUUCCUCCGGACGGUGGCACGGAAAAAGGACCUCGCUGCCCUGGUGAAGAGGGUGUAUAUAUGCCUUACCCACUUCUUCAUCAUCCCCGAGACCGAGGCCGACUCCGUACUGGAGGAUGCUGCCCACGCUCGCGGAAUCCGGCUUGCCGAUUUCCUUGACACCGAGUUCCUGUCAUCCGACAUCAUCGCGUGUCUGGUCAGGAAUAAGAACACCCUGCACACCCUGCACCUCAAAUAUGAUGUGGAUUCGCAAACCCAAGACGGGAGUGCGCGCUCUCUUGCCGAGCUCGAGAGCAGCUUGAACACCUUCCCCGCCCUCCGGAACUUGUUUCUCACCACAACCCUGCUGUACCAGAUGAUAGACGGAUCGGCGGAGGAUGAUAGCAUCCUUACUCGGCUUCUGCCCCCUUCCCUCGUCUCGCUGCAAUUGGCUGUGGUAGAUGACAAUCCCUGGCUGAACUUACGCCUCGAGAUCAGCGUUAUGGCCGACCUUGCUCGUGCCGUCUCCCAAGGUCACUUCCCCCAUCUGAGACGCGUCAGUUGUAUUCCCACCACAAAAGGACGACUCGACAUGCACCGCCUGGAAGCCAUGUUUUCCUGCGCCGGCGUCAAGUUCGGAUACGACGGUUGGCAAUUCCACGAUGGGGUGGCAGGCGAACGCGUCUACUCCUUGGGGCCUUCUCCGGCGUAUUCCACGGCUCUUACGGUGGGCUCCGAUGACGAAAGUCUCCAGAGCUGGUGA